AUGGCAAAGGCUACUCCCAAAGCUAACAAGACCGCUGCACCCAAGGGCACGCCCAAGUCGGCCGCCGCGACGCCCUCUGCGUCCGGUUCUGCCUCGAAGAAGCGCGUCCGUGUUGUCGAGUCUGCGGCGGACGAGGACGCGCCUGAGACGCCUGCCAAGGGCGCCAACAAGAAGGCGAAGAAGGGCGAGGACAAGGCGGACAAGGGAGACUCGCCUAUGGUUGGGAAGAACGGCGUCGAGAGGAAGGACCUCAAGGACAAGAUGCCGGAGGAGAUUGAGAAGAUCCGCAGUGCGGACGCGCCCAAACCUGAGAAGGGCGCGUUGAAGAAGACGGCGGAGGCGGAGAAGAAGGGCGCCAAGGGAAAGGGGAAGGGGAAGAAGCAGGAGGUCGAGGAGGAGGAGGAGGAGGACGAGGUCAAGUUGGACGAGGAAGCGGACGGCUCGGCCGACGAGGACGAGGACGACGAGGCGUUCGCGUACCUCGAAGGCUUCGAGAGUGGCGAUGAGGAUGGCGAGGACAGUUCGGACGAGGAAGAGGAGGAACAGGCUGGCGAUGCGAAGGGCAAGGGCAAGGCGGGCAAGGGCUCGUUCAAGGUUGAGCAGUUGCCGAAGAUCAAGGGCGAGUCGGUGCAGAAGAAGCUGGACGCCAAGGAGAAGAAGCAGCCCAAGACUGGCACGGUCUACCUCGGUCGCAUUCCCCGUGGUUUCUACGAGGAGGAGAUGAAGAGCUACUUCUCUCAGUUCGGCGAGGUUACUCGGCUGCGGUUGUCGCGUAACAAGCAGACCGGCGCCUCGAAGCACUAUGCCUUCAUCGAGUUCAAGUAUGCCUCGGUCGCGCAGAUCGUCCAGGAGACGAUGGACAACUACCUCCUCGCGGGCCACAUCCUCGUCUGCAAGGUCAUUCCCGACGACCAGAUCCACCCGAAGAUGUGGAUCGGCGCCAACAGGAAGUUCAGGGUGGUGCCGAAGGCGAGGAGGGAGGCAGCGAGGCGGAACAAGCCCAAGACGGAGAAGCAGCAAGAGUCGAUCAAGAAGCGCCUCUUGUCGCGCGAGGAGAAGAAGCGGCAAAAGCUCGCCGACCUUGGCAUCGACUACGAUUUCGACGGCUACGCCAAGGCUGGACAGAAGGAAGAGGAGCAGAAGGAGGAGGUUGUCGAGGAGGUGGCGCCUGCGAAGGGUGCGAAGGGAAAGAAGGGACGGAAGAGCGCUGGCGGCGACGAGCCGGCAAAGAAGAAGCCCCGCAAGUCCAAGUAG